AUGGAACCAAAACCGUUCAAAGUCGUCAUCGUGGGUGGCAGCGUUGCCGGGCUCUCGCUAGCCUUGAUGCUGGAGAGGAAUGGCAUCGAUUUCGUCAUCCUUGAAGCGUACGGCAGCAUUGCACCCCAGGUCGGGGCUAGUUUCGGCGUUUUGCCAAACGGCUUUCGCAUUCUCGAUCAGCUAGGUUGCUAUGAGUCAGUUGUAAAGAUGGCUGAAUACCCUGUCGACAAAUUCCGCUUCCGUGAUUCGCGAGGACAACCAUUCUGGACGUUCGAUGACUUUAACGCCACUUCAAUCGGAAGUCAUGGUUACCCCGUUGUCUUCCUCGACCGACGAAUGUUAAUAGAAGUUCUCUAUGAGAAGAUCCAAAAUAAGGCUAAAGUGAUCACCUCUCAGCGGGUCCAGAGUAUUGAGAAUGGUACUUCGAGUGUCACGGUUACCACAACGACUGGCCAAGCCUACACCGGGAAUAUCGUGGUGGGAGCAGACGGAAUCCAUUCCAAGGUCCGUCAAGAAAUGUGGAAAGCGGCCGAAAAGAUAGAUCCCACGUGGAUUGAUCCCACAGAGGAAUCAGCACUGCCUGCAACUUAUGCUUGCAUCUUCGGCAUUUCCAAAGGCGUGAAGGGAAUCGAGAAAGGCAUGCUGAACUCGGUGUUCAAUAAGCAUUACUCGUAUCUUGUGCCCAGCGGACCCGCAGACCUGACCUACUGGUUUCUCGUGCGGAAUAUGGGAAAGACGUACUAUGGUGCAGAUAUCCCUCGGUUCACCAAGGAGGAAGAGGAGGCACUUGCAAAGGAACAUUUCGACGACCAGAUCACUCCUACGCUUCAAUUUUCCGCUCUGUAUAAGAGCAAAAUCGCCUCGGCGUACAGCAGUCUGCCAGAAUACGUCUAUAAAAGAUGGCAUUUCCAGAGAACUAUGACUAUUGGCGAUGCCAGUCACAAAUUUGAGCCUUUAACAGGCCAGGGAGGCAAUAGUGCGAUGGAAACCGCCGCAUCCCUGACGAAUCAUCUCGUUGCGGCUCUCAAAAACUGCCAGUCAGGGACACUGUCGUCGACAGAGAUUUCCAGAGUCUUUGAGAACGUUCAACAGCAGCGUGAAAAACGUGCGUGGGGAUUGGUCAAAGCAUCCCAUGCCCGGCAACGUCUAGAGUGCCUGGAAACACCCUUCCUGAAGUUUAUGGCAAGAUACGUGGUGCCACACUUCCCCAAAUCCGUUGUCCUCGACAAAUGGAUCGACACAUAUUCUCCCGCAGUGUCCUUGGACAUGCUUCCGCUGCCGCACAGGCAUCGAGAAAUUGCAUAUUUCGACGAGCGCUUCAGAGCACCAUCAUCUCGGGGUGUGGUGGGAAUCUUGUUGUACGCUGCGUACUUCCUCUUAGCCUGGCUAGGCUAUCGCCAACUGUCCACAGCAAUCAGAGAGAAUGGGACAAUGGGGCUGGUCCGUCAGGCAAUCCAGAACCAGUCGGUUCCCCUCUCAGGAGGAGUUGAAGCUCCCCUCCGCCAGGUGUACACGGGGCUCCGAUCUGUUGACCUCAUUUUGAAAAUCUUGGUAACAAUAUUCCUGCCAGCGGUCACAAACUUCUCUACACCGGAGCAGCCAUUGCAAGUUCUGUACUUCCUGGCUUCGAUGAUGCCAAUCAUCGCUAUCUGGACGGUUGAAGGGUUCCGACCAAGGAACAAAUGGACCCUUCUUGCCACUCCGAGUCUAUGGGCGGUUUUGUAUCAGUUGCGAGGGAUAGGGCUGAUUGCACCGCUGUAUUUCGCAUCCAGCACCUAUAUUUCCGCUGGGAUACAAUAUUUCUCCCCGAGUACCCGCACCCUUCCUGAAUCCACCGCUCGAGCGAUACUGCUUGCACUGAUAUUGGGAUUCAUCGUGCCCACAAUCAUGCUGUUCUUCCCAUUGGCCGAUGCCCUGAAAACGCGACAGGUCUUUAUUGCGCUGUGGCAGCCCGCUCCGGUAUAUGUGGUUAUCUUGACUCAGAUAUUCUCCCGUGUUAUCAAAUCGAUCGUUUCGAGCACACCGGGCAAGACCGAUACCGCCGCAGCGGAGAGCAAAUCUAACCGUGACAUCCCACACUUGCAAACCCUCUACGCUGUCGCUGGUUGUGUAUCUGCUUGUUUCCAUGUGGCCUUGCUGCUGAGCUGGGCUGCUUUGGGGACAACCUUUAUCACCAAGGCAUUCAUCCCGUCUGAUGCCUUCGCACAGGUGGCAACGCUUGCGGACGGUGUCUUCGUGUUUUUCCAGAACGACUUCUUCCUUGUUGCAGCGGCAACUCUCCUGUGGUGCCUAGUGAGCGUGUGGGAUCUAUAUCGCCUUGGGGUUUCAAAUAUUUCCUGGAAGAUGGCACUGGUCGGUUUGAUUCUGGGUUCCGUGGUAAUUGGACCGGGUGCGAGUGUGGCAGCUGUGUGGUAUUGGCGGGAGGAGGUUAUGAGUCGGACAUCUUUCCGCCGGCAUGGUCCGGGUCUCUAG